UUAGCUCGUCAAAGGACAAUGGUUAGGAAUUAGUUCCGUCUAGUCAUACAGAUUUAACACAGGAUGUUGGUAUAUUAUAUUUUCAACCACUUGACGACUUGCCCCUUAAAAUUCGCUGGAUACGGACUAUUGACCCUUAUAGGAAUAUAUUUUGCAAAAUGGAUAAUAUUCAGGAUAAAUUAUAAAAUUUUUCCUAAUGGUCCUUUAGGGUUACCCAUUUUUGGUUAUUUACCAUAUUUACUUAGUAAACCUCAUAAUGCCUUUAAGGAAUUAAAUAAAAAAUAUGGCUGUUUAUAUAGUCUUUAUUUGGGACGUAAACGAGUCAUUGUUGCCUCAGAUUUGGCAUCUGUAAAGGAAGUAUUAGAAAAUCCAGAGUUUCUGGGACGUCCAGAUAUGUCUCCUAUGCAGUGUAUUAAAAGAAAAACAAUAAGUAUUGUUAAUGGAAGAGAAUGGCGAGAACAAAAGAAUUUCAUCAGUUACCUUUUACGAGAUAUUGGACUUGGAAAAUGUUUUAUGGAAGCACACGUCAAUGACGAAAUAUUGGAUUUCAUUCAGAUACUAGAUAAAGAAGAAGGCAAAGCGUGCGAUGUUGACAAUUUACUACUUUCGAGUACUUGUAAUGUUAUAACAGCUUUAGUAUUUGGACGUCGAUUGCCACAUAAUGAUCCUAAAAGGAAAACUCUAGAUAACAGUUUGAAAAAUAUAUAUUCUAUAUUUGGUAGAACGGCUGCUUUAUCCUUUACACCUUGGUUAACUAAGAUCUUCAUACGAUUUGGUCUAUUUAAUUUUCAAAAAGCAAAGGAUGCUACUUUGGAAAUACACAAAUUGAUAAAAGCAGAAAUUGAAGAACACAAGAAAUUUUUAGAUCCGCACAAACGUAAAGAUUUUAUAAAUGGAUUUUUAUUAGAAAUGGGAAAAGAAAAUGCCGAGAGUUCAUUUACUGAGGAAAUGCUCUUGGGGAAUAUUCAAACGCUAUAUAAAGUAGGAACCGAAACAAUUCGAAUAGCUAUUGCUUGGUCUCUUUUAACAAUGGCACACUAUCAGGAAGUCCAGAAGAAAGUCCAAAAGGAGAUAGAUUCAGUCAUAGGAAAAGAUAGUUUUCCUUCAUGGACCGAUCAUUGGAAAACUCCAUAUACAGUAUCGGUAAUGAUGGAAAUCCAGAGAUGGAAAACUACUGUCCCAUUUAAUCUAUUAAGAUAUGCUCUGAAAGAUACAACUCUUCAAGGUUAUCAGAUUCCCGAAGGAACUAAUAUUUUGAUAAACUUAUGGAGUGUUCAUAACGAUGAUGCUCAUUGGAAAAAUCCAAAUAAGUUCUUCCCCGAAAGAUUUUUAAAUAAAGAAACAGAUUACGUAAAGAACGAGGAUGCUUUCAUGCCUUUCUCAAUAGGAAAGAGAUCGUGUCCAGCAAAAUCUUUAGCAAAAGUAGAAUUAUAUCUUUAUUUUACUUACAUAUUACAACGAUACAAAGUGUCGUUUCCAGAAGGAUUCAGUCAUGAUUUAGAUGGUAUAACUGGAGUAUUUUAUCGGCCGAAGCCAUACAAAUUAUGUUUUACUAGAAGAUAAACAUGGCAAAAUUUCUCAUUAUUUUAUCAUUGAUAAAUAUGAAUUUAUGAGAUUAAUAUCGAUUUGUGGUAUAUUGUGGAAAGUGCAAGAAUCGCGAUUUUUUUAAAUAUUAGAA